AUGCCUUCCCCCACCUUCCCUCACGAUUCCCCUCUCAUCGCCCACUGUUCCUCCUACCGUCGCCCACGCUUCCUCCCACCGUCACCCACGCUUCCCCCCACCGUCACCCACGCUUCCCCCUACCGUCACCCAAGCUUUCCCCCACCGUCGCCCAAGCUUCCCCCCACCGUCACCCACGCUUCCCCCCACCGUCGCCCACGCUUCCCCCCACCGUCGCCCACGCUUCCCCUCACCGUCGCCCACGCUUCCCCCCACCGUCACCCACGCUUCCCCCCACCGUCGCCCACGCUUCCCCCACCGUCGCCCACGCUUCCCCCCACCGUCGCCCACCGCCACUGUGGCCCACCCCCACUGUCGCCCACGCUUGCCCUCCCAUCGCCCUCAGUUAGACUUCCCGCCGACCUCCCUUCUCUCCCACCUCUCUCCACGUCGUCAUCACUCCCCUGCCCAUCACGUUCCCCCUAUUCACCAUCGCGUCUCCACCCAUGCCGCCCACCCUCUCAUCCCUUCUUAUCGCAUUUAGGGUGGUCGUUGUAUCCCUUCCAAAUUGCCUCGUUAGCCUCACCCACCCUGGGCGGGGAGGUAUGGCGAGCUGGGCUGGGAGCUGGGGAAGGGGUCGUGACUCGUUCGCUGUGGGGUGUGGAAGGGUGCGUGGUCAGCAGCACCCACCCUUCUCUCUCUUGCACUGACCUCCUCUCCUCUCUCGCACCAACCCCACACGCAUGGCAGGUGGUGGUGCGGCUUUGGAGCAGAGUAUUUGGCGCACAGCCAGGGCAGCGCGUGCAGGCGGGCAGCAAGGAGUGCAGUGCUGCAGGGGGCGGUCGUCCUCCUCUCCCUCUCCCUUCCUCCCUUCUUCCAUCUCUCUGCCUCACUACCCUCUUUACCCUCUCUGUUGCCCGUCCUCCCUUCCUCCCAUCCUUCUUUCCUGCCAUUCUUCCUCUCCUCUCCUCCCUCGAUCCAGUCCCCCUUCCCCUUUCCAUCUCCCACUCUCCCGCUCCCUUCCUCACGCCAACCCUGCUCCUCCGUUCCACCCUUCUACCUUCCCCCUUGUACCCAGCCGCACUUUUUCCUCUCAUCCGCCCAUCAUCUCAUCCGCCCAUCCUCUCUUCCGCCCAUCAUCUCAUCCGCCCAUCCUCUCACCGUCGCCCACGCUUCUGCCUUAGUGCCUUUCCGUGCUCUCUCUCCUGUACCCACGCUUCGUCUCGCUCACCCUUCCGCCCUUCCUCCGUGUCUCCCUUGCUCAUUUUCUGCCUCCGUGCAUUCUUUGUUCCCCACCCUCCAUCAGAGUUUGUGGUUCGUGUCUGUGCAGGUCUGCCAUGCAUCCAGUAG